CCAAGUAGCCAAGUACACCUUUCCUUUCGCUGUCUCUCUCUCUUCGAUUUCUUUUGGAUUUUACUCUCUCUCUAGAUCGACGGCUUGAAUUUCAUAUCUUUUUCUCCAUCUCGAUCACGAUUUCGCGAUCUGACCUUCAAUUAGAUCGGUGUAGAGGAAUUCUGUCGAGCGAAGACCUGGAACUCGGGUUUUGAAUUAGGGGUUUUUUUUUUUUUUUUUUUUUUUUGGUGAGUGCUGGCUAGGGUUCUGGAUUUGGGGCCGGUGGGAUCGACGGUAAAUUAGGGAGAAAAGGAGGGGUAAUUUGGGGAAAAAUUAAGGAGAGUGAAUUGAUGGUAGUCGUUUUAGGGCAAAAUGCAAGGGUAUUAUGUGUAUGCAUGGGUGGAAGGCAGGUGAAGAGGAGAGGAAACGGGCGGGUCGGCACAUGUGGACUGUCCCAUCACGUGCGAGCGUAGCUGGUGAUGGUUCUUCUUCUUCUUCUUCCAAUUCAGCUAAUUCGUUUAAUAAGGAUGGACGCAAGAUCAGUGUUGGAGAUUGUGCUCUUUUCAAACCGCCCCAGGAUUCCCCACCUUUCAUUGGAAUAAUUCGUGCACUGACUUCUGGUGAAGAGAACAAAUUAAAGUUAAGUGUUAAUUGGCUUUAUCGACCUGCUGAAGUAAAACUUGGCAAAGGCAUCCUGUUGGAAGCUGCGCCAAACGAAAUCUUCUUCUCCUUUCAUAAGGAUGAGAUUCCAGCUGCUUCCUUACUGCAUCCGUGUAAAGUCGCAUUCCUUCCAAAAGGUGUUGAACUGCCGUCAGGAUUUUGCUCAUUUGUGUGUCGGCGAGUUUAUGAUAUUAAGCGCAAGUGUUUAUGGUGGCUAACUGAUCAAGAUUUCAUUGAUGGUUGGCAGGAAGAAAUAGAUCAGCUUUUAUCUAAGACACGUAUAGAGAUGCAUGCAGCAUUGCAGCCAGGUGGCCGUUCUCCAAAGCGAAUGAAUGGUCCAACAUCAACGUCACAAUUAAAACCAGGUUCUGAUAGUGUUCAGAACAGUGCCUCCUCAUUUCCUUCACAAGUUAAGGGGAAGAAAAGGGAGCGGGGAGAUCAAGGCUCUGAGCCUGUUAAAAGAGAACGCUCAACAAAGAUAGAUGAUGGGGAUUUUGGUCAUGCUAGAUCAGAAACUAUUUUAAGAUCUGAGAUUGCCAAAAUCACAGAGAAAGGUGGUCUUGUAGAUUUUGAGGGGGUGGAAAAGUUGGUACAGCUCAUGGUACCUGAGAAAAAUGAGAAGAAGAUAGACUUGGUUUGCCGGUCUAUGCUUGCUGGUGUGGUGGCAGCAACAGAUAAAUUUGAUUGCCUUAGUAGGUUUGUGCAGCUUAAGGGUUUGCCAGUCUUUGAUGAAUGGCUCCAGGAGGUCCAUAAAGGUAAGCUUGGUGAUGGUAGUAGCCCUAAGGAUGGUGAUAAAUCCAUUGAGGAAUUUCUCCUAGUUUCACUUCGCGCGCUUGAUAAGCUGCCAGUAAAUCUUCAUGCCUUGCAAAUGUGUAAUAUUGGGAAGUCUGUGAAUCAUUUGCGUUCACAUAAGAAUUUGGAAAUUCAGAAGAAAGCAAGGAGUUUAGUUGACACAUGGAAGAAACGCGUUGAGGCUGAAAUGGAUGCAAAAUCUGGUUCAAAUCAGGCUGUAUCCUGGCCUUCCAGAACACGGAAUUCAGAAUUUUCUCAUGGUGGAAGCAAAAAUUCAGGUGGAUCUUCUGAUGUUGCCAUUAAGAGCUCUACAAUGCAACUUUCUGCUUCAAAAAUUGCUUCAGCCAAGCUUGUCCAGGGGGAGACUGCUACAAAAUCUGCAUCUACAUCUCCUGGGUGUAUAAAAUCAUCUCCUUCACCUGCAUCAGGGAGUACAAACCUUAAAGAUGGACAGCCACGAAAUGCUAGUGUUAGUGGUGCCUCUGAUCUUCCUUCAACACCAGCUAGAGAUGAGAAAAGCAGCAGUUCCAGUCAGUCCCAUAAUAAUAGUCAAUCUUGUUCCAGUGACCAUGCAAAAACUGGGGGUUUCUCUGGGAAGGAGGAUGCAAGGAGUUCAACAGCUGGUUCAAUGACUGUGAAUAAGAUCUCUGGUGGUUCUUCGCGAUCUCGGAAAUCGACAAAUGGCUUCCCUGGGCCAGCUCAAUCUGGUGGUCAGAGGGACCAUGGGUCAAGCAGAAACUCUUCCUCGCACAGAAACCCAGCUUCGGAAAAAUUAUCACAGUCUGGCGUGACUUGUGAAAAGGCACCUGAUAUGCCCAUUGUAGAGGGAAAUAGUCAUAAAUUGAUUGUUAAAAUUCCAAAUCGUGGUCGUAGUCCUGCACAGAGUGCCUGUGCAGCAUCUUUUGAAGAACCCUCAGUGAUGAACAGCAGAGCUUCUUCUCCUGUGCUUUUGGAUAAACAUGAUGAAUUUGAUCGUAACUUAAAGGAAAAGAGUGAUGGCUAUCGACCUAAUAUUCCCUCUGAUGUGAAUAAUGAAUCUUGGCAAAGCAAUGAUUUUAAAGAUGUACUUACUGGGUCUGAUGAGGGAGAUGGAUCACCUGCUACUGUUCCUGAAGAAGAGCCCGGUAGGACUGGUGACGAGACUGGAAAAAUGGUUGAAGUUUCAAAAGCUGCCUCCUCAUUAUCGGGAAAUGAUCUCAAAUCAGGAAAAUUGCGUGAGGGUUCGUUCAGCUCAAUAAAUGCUCUGAUUGAAAGUUGUGUCAAGUACUCUGAAGCCAAGGCAUCUAUGCCAGUUGGGGAUGAUGCUGGGAUGAAUCUGCUUGCUAGUGUGGCUGCUGGGGAGAUUUCUAAAUCUGGCAUGGCUUCACCAGCUGAUUCUCCUCAACGGAAUACCCCUGUUGUGGAUCACUCUUGCAAUGUCAAUGAUUCAAGAAUAAAAUCGUCUCCUCGACAUGAUCUUGGUCAAGACCAAAGUAAGUCUGUUGAUUCUGCUGAUGAUGAAUGUGAGAAGCAGGUUCCUUCUGGUACUGUUUGGGUUAAGAAUACAGACAGUAGAGACAGUAGAAACAAUUCCUUGUUUUCUCAAGAGAAACCUGAUGGGGACCCUAGUGGACAUUUAACAACUUCAAAUAUGGGUUUGCAGCAGACUGGAGAGUCAUGUCUAGAAAGUAAUGGAAUUUCAGAAGAUGCAAUUGGGGUUGCACGAUUUGCACCUUCUGCUUGCAUUGGAGAAAAGAAAUCUGAUGGUGAAGAAGGCAAAGAACUUAUAGAGAAAAAGGCAAGUGGAGUGCGUGCUGAUGGCAUUCCAGGUACGAAACAAAAGAUAAGUGCAUCUUUGUUAACCGAAGAUAAGGUAUCUGAAUCAGGUUUAGAAAUUGAAACCAAAGGCAUUGAAGGAUCAUCUAACCCAUCUUUUGAAAUUGAAAGUGAGAAGAAUAAAAUGAUGUGUGAAGGUUUAAACAGUGGUGUGCAUAAUGAGUCCAAGCCUGCUACUGUGAUACAGCCUGAGUUUGUAAAAAAAACAGAUGAGGGACUGCUGGUUCCCUCGGGUUCUGUCAAGGAUAAGGAUUCAGUGAAUGUUGAUGAUGUUAAGUCUGAGAAGGCUGAUGAGACGGAUGGCUGGAGACAUGUAAAAGACAGUGAAAAGAAAAAAGCUGAAUGGGACAGUAAUGCUUCUGUAACUCGUGAGAACCGAGUUGUAGCAGUUUCAGGUUCAGCUUUUAUUGAUCACAAGGGUGAGACUGCAGAGGAAAGUUCAGAAGCUAAGGUUAAUGUUCAAUUUUCUGAUGGACCAACUCCUUCAAAGGCAUUGACUGCAUUACAAGUUCAAGAAGCAGAACAGCGUGCAAGAUCUAGGGGGUCUAAGGCAGAAGUGGACGAAGCAGAGGAAUCUACAUCUACCACUGCUGAUGCUUCUUUCCCUGAUGCAGGGGUUUCAGAUAUGGAUGCAAAAGUGGAAUUUGAUUUGAAUGAAGGCUUUAACGGGGAUGAUGGGAAAUAUGGGGAGUCAAAUAACUUAAUAAGCCCAGGAUGUACAGGUACUGUUCAGUUGAUUAGCCCAUUACCAUUUGCUGUUUCUUCUGUGUCAAGUAGCCUUCCUGCUUCAAUUACAGUGGCUGCGGCUGCAAAAGGGCCUUUUGUUCCUCCAGAGGACCUAUUGAGGAGUAAAGUAGCUCUUGGUUGGAAGGGAUCAGCGGCCACAAGUGCAUUUCGGCCUGCUGAACCUAGAAAGGUUUUGGAGAUGUCGUUGAGUACAAGUAACGUUUCUCCUCCUGAUGCCACUGCUGGCAAACACACUCGGCCUCCAUUGGAUAUUGAUUUGAAUGUACCAGAUGAGAGAAUCCUUGAGGAUAUAGCUUCUAGAACCUCUGCUCAGGAUACAGCUUCUGCAUCUGAGCACACAAAUAAUAGGGACUUGGCACGCGAACAUACUAGUUCUGCACCUGUACGGUGCUUCGGAGGACUUGAUCUUGAUUUAAAUAGAGUUGAAGAGCCUACUGAUUUGGGUAAUCUCUCAACAAGCAAUGUUCGUAGACCUGAUAUACCACACCAGUCUCUAAAACAGUCAUCGGGUGGUCCUAUUGGCGAGGUGGGUGUCUGCAGGGACUUUGAUUUGAAUAAUGGGCCUGUUGAUGAGGUGAGUGCUGAACCAUCACUGUUUAGCCAGCACCUUAGAGGCAGUGUGCCGUCCCAGCCAUCUGUUUCAGGCCUUCGGGUGAAUAACUCUGAGACAGGGAACAUAUCUUCAUGGUUUGCCACUGGGAACUACUCAGCCAUGUCAAUUCCAUCUAUCUUGCCUGAUAGAGGAGAGCAGCCUUUUCCCAUGGUUGCAACGGGUGGGCCCCAAAGGAUGUUGGGUCCCCCUACUGCUGCCACCCCAUUUAGUCCUGAUGUUUUCAGGGGCUCGGUGCUGUCAUCUUCUCCGGCAGUGACCUUUCCAUCCACCUCAUUUCAGUAUCCUGUCUUCCCUUUUGGUAACAGUUUUCCUCUCCCCUCGGCCACCUUUUCUGGUGGUUCAACAACAUAUGUGGAUGCAUCAUCUGGUGGGAGGCUGUAUUUCCCUGGAGUCAAUUCACAAUUAUUAGGACCUGCUGGCACAGUCCCGUCCCAUUACCCUAGGCCUUAUGUUGUUAAUCUAGCAGAUGGCACUAACAAUGUUGGUGUUGACAGCAGUAGGAAAUGGGGAAGGCAGGGCCUAGAUUUGAAUGCAGGGCCUGGUGGCCCAGACAUAGAAGGUAGAGAUGAGACGUCUCCUCUUGCACCGAGGCAAUUGUCUGUUGCCAGUUCACAUACACCAACAGAAGAGCAAGCAAGGAUGUAUCAAGUGGCAGGUGGCAUUUUGAAGAGGAAGGUACCUGAGGGAGGGUGGGAUGGCUACAAGCAGUCCUCGUGGCAGUAGCAAUUGGUGGUGUUACAACCCAAUGACCCAUGAAAGCUCUUCCCCAGUUCUUUGAGGAUGGGCAUUGGCUAAUCCCGAGAGGUCGUCGUCUAACUUGUGUGCACUCGGAGGAUGGGUGGUAAGUGAGUUAGUUGAUGUUGCUAUUAGUCAUCAUCAACCCCCAGCCUUCCGCUGAAUCAAUUGUAUCGUAAAAGAAUCUGUUCUGGGUCUUUAAGCUGUUUGUUACUUGAGUUUGUCCUGGGUGGCUGCAGAUCACUUUCCCCUUUGUAGAUAUUUAACUGUUGGAAAGCUUGCGCUGUACUAUCCUGACAUUCAAAAUUGGUGUCCAUACUUGUCUUUAGUUUCUUUUACAUUAUAUACCAUUGGACAAACAGCACCCUUCCUCUUUCAACCUCUUGAUAAUGGGAGGUUGGUUUGGGAUCUCUGCUUUAAGCCGAAUUUUUAGUUUACUUGUCUUCGCUUCCUUGUAUAUUUUCUCUGCUUAUUCAUUUUUCUUUUGUUUAUUUUAUAGACACUCUGGUCAUUGUACCUACCCUGCCUAUCAUGAAAUUACAUAUUUCUUGUAUUGAUACUCAUAUAGCCUGGUAUUAUGAGACUCAGGCCUAUAGUCACUAGAUAUUCAUUUAGGGACAUUGGACUGCAUUUUACUAA